AUGCCCACCCUGGAGGAGGCUCACAGGGCAUGGGACACAGACGGCCUCUACAGGGUCACCAUGGCCGUGACCAUCAAGGACAGCUCUACUUCACGUGCAGCUGACCUGCUCCUGGACCCAGACACCGCCCACCCCGAGCUGCUCCUGUCCCAGGACCAGAGGAGGGUGUGGCGGGGCCCCUCCAGGCAGAGCCUGCCCAACAACCCCAAGAGAUUCAACUGCCGGCCAAGCGUCUUGGGUGUGCAGAAUUUCUCCUCAGGGAGACACUACUGGGAGGUGGAGGUAGGAAAUGUGAUGGUGUGGGCCGUGGGGGUCUGUGCAGACCGUGUGCACAGGAAGGGGGAGGCCCUGCUGGUCCCUCAGAAUGGCUUCUGGCCCCUGGAGCUGUUUGGACACCAGUGCCGGGUCCUGUCCUCUCCGGAGAAGAUCAUUCCCCUGAAGGAGCGCCUUCGCCGGGGGGCCGUCUUCCUGGACUACGAAUGUGGAGACGUCUCCUUCUACAACAUGAGGGAUCGGUCCCACAUCUACACGUGUCCUCGCUCCCACUUCUCCAGGCCCCUGAGUUCCUUCCUCAGGCUGGGCUCUGAUGACAGCCCACUCUUCCUCUGCCCAGCAUUCACAGGAGCCCAGGGGGUCACUGUGCCUGAGGGUAGCCUGGUUCUCCAUGGAGCAGGGACCCACCGCAGUCACCAGAACCAGCGCCCUGGUCUCAGAGCCCAGGAGAGAAGCCCUGGCCAUCUCUGCUCACACAGCACAGCACCCAGGACUGAUUCACGCAGGUGA